CAGAGCGAGCAGCUGUCAAUGCACACAGAGCGGAGCGUCACGACCAGCGGCAGGCUUUGUGGACGGAAAGAGGCUUUAAAAAUGCAGCUCAGCGACGAUUUCUGUAGUUUAUCACGUUGUCGUGUCAGGUCUCAAAGCCUUCAUAUCUAGCAUCUGAGCAGCGAGUCGGCAGAGUAAAGAGUGACUUUCCUCCAGUGUUUUUUUUCCCCUUUUAUCCUCAAAGCUGACGGCGGAGUGCUGUCUGCUCUGCACGGUCCAUCCGAAACAACUAGUCCAGACAUGAGUAACGUUAAUCUGAUUUUUUGGGACCAGUUGCAGGCUGGCAGCUCCGAUGUGGACUGGUGUGAAGGCAAUUACCUAAUUUACCCCAGCAUCGCUGAGUUUUACAACACGAUCAGCAACAUUUUGUUUUUUGUUUUGCCGCCCAUAUUAAUGUGCUUGUUCCGCCAAUAUGCAACACAUUUCAACAGUGGGAUUUACCUCAUAUGGAGUCUACUAGUUGUGGUUGGUAUUGGAUCGACGUAUUUUCACGCCACCCUCAGCUUCCUCGGCCAGAUGCUUGACGAGCUGGCCAUCUUAUGGGUGCUUAUGUGUGCCAUUGCCAUGUGGUUUCCUAAGAGAUACCUCCCCAGGAUGUUCAGGAGGGAUCGGUCAAGGUUCAAAGUGGUCAUCGGCAUCUUGUCAGGGAUCACCACUGGGCUGGCCUUUGUUAAACCUGUCGUCAACUCAUUGUCACUAAUGACUCUGGGCAUCCCCUGCACCGCACUGCUCAUUACUGAGCUCAAAAGGUGUGAAAACCCACGUGUGUUCAAGUUGGGACUGGUCUCAGGGAUCUGGUGGGCACUGGCUCUGCUCUGCUGGAUCAGUGACAGGAUAUUCUGUGAGAUGUGGUCAUCUGUCAACUUUCCAUACCUACACUGCGCUUGGCACAUCCUCAUUUGUCUGGCUUCGUACUUGGGUUGCGUUUGCUUCGCCUACUUUGACGUUGCGACCGAGGCCCCGGAGCGAGGACCCGUCAUCAUGUUCUGGCCCAACGAGAAAUGGGCCUUCAUCGGCGUGCCCUACGUCUCCUUCCUCUGCGUCCACAAGAAGUCCGCCAUCAAGGUGACUUAAGGAGACCCGAGGGUGCGGCUCAGCAGGUCGUGCUUCAGCAGCGGGAUGAGGCCACUUGUGCUCCUGUGAGCGGGCGAUGUAGGUGAUUCACAUUGUGGCCAAACAUGAGGAUUUCUCUUUUCCUCUUUCAGUCCGUAUCUGGUUUCAUUACACAGCAGCGUUCAUGCAACUCUGUCAUGAACAACAAGGUGUUAUAAGUGAGUCGAACACAACGAUGAAAGGGAGACUUUUAGCAUCAGAGCCAAGAAACCUUUACAGUGUUCCAAACAUACUCUCAGGCUUCACAUUUGAGAUCAUGUCAGUAUUAGUAUUCUUCUUUUAAAAGGAGAUUUUGUACAUUUUCUAGUAACUCAGAAAACCUCAUUAUAAAGCAUUGUAUUGCCUUUAUAAACACAAGUAUAGCAUCUCAUAGGUGCAGUCUGGCCAUUAUGAAAGCAUAUUUAAAACCAAUAAAGCACUGGAUUCAUUAACUGUGAUAAUGCAUAAUGCAUUAAAGCUUCAUAUUGUUCAGCCAAUCGAACUAUGCUCAAUGAAUCAACAAGCUGGUUCAUAAGAUGUUACAGACACACAAAGCCUUAUGUGUUUUAAAUGCAUAAUGGGUUCAGGCUGUUUAACCUGCCCUCUUUGUGGACAGGCAAGUUUUAUUUAAAAUGCCAGAAAUGCAGCAAGCUUCUUUUUUUUUGUUAUCAGCAUACUAACUUUGUUUUCCAGCAUGUCGUUGUGAUUGUUCAAAAAAGUAUAUGAUAAAUGUGUUUAAUAUACUCCUGUAUGUAUAUUUUGAUAACUAACAAUUUAAUAUGCAGUUAUUUUAAAAAGGAAAGCAAAUCAUUCAUAUAUUAGUGAAUGAACAGGUACCCUUUGAUAUUGGCCAAAACCUAAAGUACAAAAAAAAACACAGAAUGUGAAAUCGAAAUAUGAUUGAAAAUUCAAAGAAAUAAUUAUGCAUUUUGCACAAAAUGAAGAAUGGUUCUCAAAGCCUUUGACUCAAUGCAAUGAUUAUUACAAUUAUGUACUAACACUUUGUUUGCUAAUGUACAGCUUUUAAUGCUAAGUAUUUCACUGCAGAUUUUUUUUUCAUCCAGAUGUCUCAACUUAAACUUCUCUUCAGGGUUAUUUAUUCCACACUCAGUAUUUUAGACUUCAUGCUAGAUAUUAUUGAAACUGUGCAAAAAGCCUUAAUCAAACGAAAACAAAAGCUAAAGAAGGUGCUUUGUGUGAUAUACCUGAAACUGUUCGCUCUAAAAGGGGAAAUGCAGUGUGAUGAUUGUGCUAAGUAGCUGAGGUUUAAGCAGGUAGAGUUGUGUGACGGAUUAGGUUUUAUUAGUUCUGACCUAUUUAAUGGAAUUUAUCAGUGUUUAUUCAAAAGAAAUGAAUAGGAACCCUGUAUGUAGAAUACAAAAGGGAAGUAUGUUGGAUGUUGCAAAGCUAAACACUAACUCGAAAAGACAAGGAUCACCAAAGCUUUUUUUUUCCCCGCCACAAACCAUUGUUUUAAUGUUGUUUUUGAAAAACUGCCUCAGGCUGCAUUAACUAGUAUUAUUUUACUCCCGUCCUCCUGCAGAGGCUUCUGGGAACUCAAACUGGCUAAAA